UUUUGAAAAUACGCAAAUUUUUUAAAGUUAUUAAGUUAUGAAGUUAUGAUAGGCACCCUCACCAUAUGCCAUAAUGCGCUUAAAAAACGGAGAUACCGCUAGUAAUAAUAUCAACACAAAUAAUAAUACCAACACAAGCGAUAAUAGUAACAACAAUAGUAAUAAUUAUUAUAACAAUAGUAACGACAGUAAUGAUAAUUGUAAUAGUAAUUGCGAGUAUCCUUCGAUUCGCUUAGUUGAAGUUGCCGAAACACUUUUUCAGCCUGACAUUUCAGCAAUUAGUGAACCAAGCAUUUGCAGCACAACGAAUAUACCGGCCGAAUUCAGCACGAUAGACGAAAGUGGUGCUUAUAGCGAGGGCCACGUAGAAGUUUUAAGCGAAGAUACGCUUGAAGACGAGAUCGGCGAGUUUUAUGAAACCGAUAUGGAGGGAGUUCCUCUCAGUUUUGAAGUCCCAGAUUUUGGUUUAAUAGAAUUACAACCAGUUGAAAGUGAUGAACUGACGGAAGAUGAAAGUACUUUUAAUUAUGAUUAUACUCUUCCGUCCUUACACGAGUAUUUAAGUGCCAAUAAUUUGAGUGAAAGCAACAAUGUUACAUUUCCCACCGGAUCAGUCCUAGACAUUUUAGUUUUUACUUUUCCUGAUGCCGUUUUGAUUCCCGGGAAGUUGCUGCCUUUUACUUUAAAACCCGAAUUCGCGAAGGAAGUGCUAGAAAUGAUGAAAAUCUGCAGUUAUCCACUCGUUGGGUUAAUAACAACCUUCUCUUUUUAUGUCCACGAGUGCGGGACGAUCGGCGAGAUUAAAUCGUACGCAGAACUCUCGGAUGGGAGUUUAAAUCUAUUAGUUUUGGGGAAGCAGCGCUUUCGACUUGCAGACCAGUCCAAUCCGUUUUACAGAUUGAAGCUAAAAAGCGUUGUGGUGCUUGCUGUGGGCGAACGACUGAGCUUCACCCGCUCUUCCCAUGCUCACGUGUCUUGUUCAGGAAACGCCUGGCCCUGUUGGCUCCGCUGGUUGGAUGAAACCGUUUUGUGUAAGAGGCUCGCCGACUUGGCCAGUCAGAGUAGUAUGCUGAAGCAGAUCGAUUUUCCGGAAGAGCCCGCUGCCUUUUCGCUUUGGUUCGCUUCCAACCUCCCUAUAAGUAAUAGAGUUCUAGCCGAUAUUCUUGAGACUGAUUUCACCGCAUAUCGACUGCUGAAGGAAAUCAACCUACUAAGCUCUCCUACAAACUUCCACUGCAAAGGCUGUUUCUCCUACAUCGGCAACCAAAAGGACAUGUUUAGCAUAUCCACAGAAGGGCCGAUUCAAGCCUUCCUGAAUCCAUUUGGCUACGUUUUCGAGGUGCUUUCCUUGAGGCGAAUCAAUAACUUGAGUUACGGAGAGACGUCCGCGGAGAACUCCUGGUUUCCACGCUAUUCAUGGACAGUGGCCAUAUGCUCCAUUUGUUACAGGCACAUCGGAUGGAAAUUUGGGGCGUGCGAAUCUGAUCUCCAUCCGUCCCGCUUUUGGGGCGUUGCUAAGUCGUCUAUAGUAAUGGCCUCCACGGACUUCAUUUCCGAAGGCAGCAACGAAACCAGCAACUAAAGUCUCUGAAGGUUGGCUUCUUUUACUAUUUGCUAAAGGAAAUCGUCGCAGAAGUUAAAGUCGCCAGUUUAAUUGGCUUUUUUUUAAA